CUCUCAGCACAGAGGGUUUCUGCGCAGGCUCAUCCACGGGCAGCUAUGCAGGACCCAGGGCUGGUGUGCUGGACGGAGGGACUCAUUCCAGCUGCACUCACUGGUUGCUACAGCAGACCUGCCUGUGAGCAACAGGGAGCAGGAGCUACUGACCCCCCCCCCAGUGCAUGAAAACCCUCUUCAAACAUGGCUGCUAAGAUCCAGACUCUGACUGAGGAGGAGAGAGCCCACCUACUCCCCUUGCUACGAAACGCUCAGUGGGUGGAGGUCGUGGAAAGGGACGCCAUUUACAAAGAGUUUAUUUUCAAAGACUUCAAUCAGGCUUUUGGUUUCAUGUCCAGAGUGGCUUUACAGGCAGAGAAGAUGGACCAUCAUCCUGAGUGGUUCAAUGUCUACAACAAGGUACAGAUCACUCUCAGCACACACGACUGUGGGGGUCUGUCCCAGCGGGACAUCACUUUGGCCACUUUCAUUGACCAGGCAUCUCUGAUGUGAGCAGUCUGCUUUGGGCUAUUUCAGCAGUGAAAACCGGAGCGACUCUGUUCGUCCUAAAUGACUUUGAUUCCGAAACCUCGACCCAUUUCUCCUAAAACCCAGUGAAUAUGAACCAUUAAGCGUCCGUUCAUUAUGAGAUGUGUAGCCAAACUGCUUGUUGGUUCAGUGCACAGUGGACGUAUUAAACCACUGCACCUCAACAAGAGAAGCAAAUCAUGUUUACAAAUUGAAAUUGAAAGAAUUUCCCACCAAUCAUUCCAGGUUUUGCAACAGAAAACUGUGUUGGAUUUGUCUAUCUGUCCCAGUGAGUGUCUCUGUGCCAAAUAUUUUUUCUACUGUUAGUAAAAUGUUACUUUCUGUCAAAUUGUUCUUGCUGUAACACUCACACUCACUCUCUUUAUUAAAGUCUUUAUUAGUUUUACGGCCAUUCAAUCACAAGUUUUUAGGUUAUUACUUCAGAGUGAAACAGUAGUCGAGGGCUGGAGUUGGUUGCUGCUUAUGAUUUCAAUUUCUGAUGGACAGACGAUUAAACUGUUAGUGGAGGGGUGGGGGGAUCAGUAUUUUAACCAGGCACUGACUAAAAGACAGAAUGCAAGUACAUUCAUCUUUUGGAGAAAAAAAAAAGGAAAAAAAAAGAAA